AAGAACAGGUUGGGUGAGCACCCAAAAAUGCGCCCUUCUUUGCAUUUGGAUUUGGAGACUGAAGAUAAGAGUGGAGUAGCGUUGGAGGGUUGCCAGGUGCUGAGGUGGGUGGGAGGCUGUUGAUGGGACUUGAGAAACACCAGUGGCGAGUCACAACGCGUCCUUGGCGAGACGUGGAAGUUGAGGCGAGGACUUCCUCCGAAGGAUCUUCAGAUAGAAGAAGUUUGGUCGGCGUGGGAGUGACGAUUAGUUGUCGUCUCCGAGUUUCUUGUUCGGUGGACAUAGUCUUCCAAUGUGCGUCAAAGGGUUUCUACUCCUGUGUGGACUCGCAGCUUCAGGCGUGCUGCAGGCCAGCGGGAUCCGUAUAUACACUUCAGAGGAUGUGGAGGCUGUCAACGGGACGGAUGUUCGUCUGAAGUGUACAUUCCAGAGUUCCACUGCCAUCAAUCCCAAUGCCGUCAUCAUCUCCUGGAGCUUCAGACCUCUCAAACCAGGCCGAGAAGAAUCGGUUUUCCACUACCAGCAGAAGCCAUACCCUCCUAUUGAGGGCAUUUUCAGGAACCGAAUCAUCUGGGCAGGCGACAUAAUGGGCCGCGAUGCGUCCAUCAUAAUUCGAGAAGUGAAGUUCACCUACAAUGGUACGUACAUGUGCCAAGUCAAGAACCCACCGGAUGUGCACGGAGCAGUUGGAGAGAUUCGACUGCGUGUUGUCACGACAGCUUCCUUCUCUGAGCUUCUGUUGCUGGCAAUUGCCAUCGGGGGCGGGAUAGCCGCUGUGGUUCUCCUGCUCAUCAUCAUCGUGUCCUGCAGGAGAUGCAAGAGGAAGAGACAGAGACGAGAAGGGGAAGUGGAGGCUCCUCGUAAAGAGAGAAAAGAUCCCACUGUGUGCCACCCAAUGAAGGCCAUCCACCUGUACCUAUCACAGACGUCCAUAGAGAUUGACAGUUCAGAUGGAAUGAUCUCAGAUGCCAGCACCAAAGAUCCCAGCUCCUCCUCAGAGGGUCCAAGCUCGGACGAUGACGACGAUGACGAUAUCUGUUCGGACUAAGGAGGUGGGAACUGACAGAGAGACAGAAGCAAAGAUAUGAAGGUAGCCAGUGUGCUUUCUGGAUUAUGAUCCAGAGUAAAGCCAAAUGGCGAAUACACCAACGGCGCACUGUCACUGUUUGACGCCAUGCACACGGUCAUGGUGAAUGUAAGGAAACGGGGACGGAUGUCCUGUUUGAACAAUUCUGAAUAGGCACCCAGAGAUUAAAGGGACGUUUCUUAUGAAGUCCUUGAAAGGAGAGCAAAAGUGUUUGUUUCUGUCUCGUCCAGACAUUUUCAUGCGUCGGAACAAUGGUUGAUUAAUCCUGCUGACACAGCAGGUGAAGCAGCCGCAGGAAAACUUUGGGUCACAAUCAUUUCAUAAAUCCACACUAGAAGUUCUAGGGAUUGCAGUAUGUUACGUUGGAUUACUUGAAUAUAAAACCUGAUGUUGCUAAUGUAUUACACCUGCGGGGCGACUGCUUGCUAGUUUGAGCCACGCUAUGUACGCUCCUGCUGCAGAUCGAGUACGGGAGUGCACAGUUUUGAUCUGAAAAACCUUUGACUGCAAACUGUCCCAGUGAACCUCCAAAAGCUGUAUUUUUUGUUGUACUUUUGUACUGUUGAUGUAACACUGAGCAAUGUGUAUAGAUGUCUCACGGUUUAAAGCCUGAAGUAUUUGAUUCUUUUUUUAUGUAGAUACAGCAUAUGUUUGACAUAGAUCUUUUAUAAGAGUGAUUUUCUAAUAAAAUUUUUCAGUAUUUA